AUGAUAAAGAACGCAAGAUUCGCUGCUUCCGUUGCAAACGCAACACCCGAGCACGAAAAGUUGCUCGUUUCUCAACGUAGCGUGCGUCCUGUAUCCCCUUGGCAUAUAUAUCAGCCACAACUUACAGCGCUUUUGUCGUUUACUCAUCGUGCUACUGGUGCUGGACUGGCUUCCGUUUUAUAUGGUGCUAGUAUUGCAUAUGUAACAGGCCCGCUCAUUGGCCUUAAUUGGGAUACUGAUACUAUUGUUGCUGUAACAUCAACGAUUCCUGCAGCUGUUAAAGUACCCACUAAAUUUGUGAUAGGUUAUGUGUUUUCAUUUCACGCAUUUAACGGAAUCAGGCAUUUGAUUUGGGAUACUGGCCGAGCCUUAACAAUUAAAGGAGUAUAUGCUACGGGCUGGAGCGUUUUAGGACUUUCUACUGCUUCCGCGCUUUAUUUGGCACUUAUUUAA